UAUUUCUUCCCGCGAACUCGUCGUAUAAGAAAGAAACAAACACCGCACUCUCCCCCUCCAUCUUUCCUCACUCAGUUCACACAUUGCUGCGAAAAUGGCAGAGGAUUUCCGGAGCUUCAUCAGCUUCUGGGGAGGAUUUCUCGCAUGAUCGUCAUUCCAAGUUGUGGCGUAUCUUGUUUUUGCUCUCGAGCAAGACAUGGCUUUGGAGGCUUUUCUGGAUUCCAACAGCCAAUUGCCAAUUCCUCUAAUAUUACCUGUUAAUGGAGGUGGAGGAAUUUUGGAGGCUCUAAGUUCUCACAACUCACUCAUAAAUGCAGAGGAUCUGGAUUCAAUUCUUGGUAUGGCACAAGCAAAUACAGACUUGGAUCCUGAUGUUAUGAACUCAACGAUUGUCUGGAAAUCUUCAACUUCAAGAUCCCCUGUAUGCCAUGAUGCUGGUGUUUCAGUUGCCAACUUGAUUCUCCCAACUGGUCCUUAUUUGCAGAGUCAUGGAAACACCAAUAUGGAACCUUCCAUCAGCGUAUCCUCAUCACCCAUGUCAUUCUCAAGCGACAAUCCUGUGAAUGUUCUUUGUCAAGAUGAUGCAUUGUCUUGUUUAUUUCAUGGUGGACAAAAGGAGAGAAAAAGGCAAGAAUCUAAAAAUACUGCUGGUUUGACACAUUUUUACAAGUCAAAACUACAAACUCGUAAAGAUUCAUUUCCUGUUAGAAUAAAAGAGGAGCCUGACACUCUCACUCCAAUUCCAAAGAAACCAAAACUUUAUGCCAAACAGGAGAACAUCCAGCAGCAGAAGAUUAUUCAGGAAUUAUUGUUGAAGGAGUUACAGGACCAGAAUCCACAACUAAAGGGAAUGAUCAAGCUGCAUAGACAGAAAAAUCAGCUGCAACAACUGAAUUUACAUACAGCUCCACAGAUUAGAGGCUAUCACCUGCAGCUACCAAAACAGCUACAGGAACAGCAGAUGAUAAGUCUUCUGCAAGACCAGGGUAAUCAACAAGGGACUCGUGCACCUUUUCUUGAUGGUGGUAUUUGUUCCCGAAGAUUCAUGCAGUAUCUAUAUCAUCUCCGGAACCACACACAUGACAACGACAUUUCCUAUUGGAAGAAAUUUGUGUCUGAGUAUUAUGCCCCUGAUUCAAAGAAAAGAUGGUGUUUCUCUACAUAUGAAAAUAUAGACCUGCACACAGGUGUUUUCUGCCCUAAAUCUAUGGAGACAUGGUGUUGCGACAUAUGUGGUUCAAGACCAGGGAAGGGACUGGAGGCGGCUUUCGACAUACUUCCUAGGCUGUUCAAGAUAAAGUUUGAGAGUGGUAUGCUUGAUGAGAUCCUAUUUCUAGAUCUACCGCGAGCAUGUCAAAUUCCAUCGGGAAUGGUGCUGGAAUACGGGAAAGCCAUUCAAGAGAGUGUUUAUGAAAAAUUUCAUGUUGUUCACGAGGGUAAACUUCGCAUUGUUUUCAGAUAUGACUUGAAGAUAUUGUCCUGGGAAUUUUGCGCACAAAGUCAUGAGGAAUAUCUGCUCCGUAGACUGGUUGCUCCUCAGGUUAAUCAAUUGGUUCAAGCAGCCAAGAAAUAUGAAAAUGAUAUUCGGAAUGGUGCAUCUUCUAGUGUCUCACCAGAGAUUUUCAGAAAAAAAAGUGAUAUGUUUGUGUCGGCUGGAAAUCAACUUGCAAGACAUAUGGAAUUACCAUUGGUGAAUGACUUAGGAUAUCCGAAACGAUUUAUUCGGUGCUUGCAGAUAGCUGAAGUUGUCGAUAGUAUGAAAGAUCUCAUAUCAUUCAGUCAUGACACAAAGAUAGGACCAAUCGAGUGCUUGAACAGUUACUCCCAAGGCAGCAAGAUUGGUAACUGGAAAGAGACACGAGGAACGCAACAAUUUACGGGUGCUCAAAAUCUACCGACAUUCCCUCAGCAACCUCACCCUCGUUGCCAUGCUGAUAGCUAUCACAUGACUGAAAGCGAUAUGAUGUCUGGCUCAGGAAGCUCAGGUUUGGCCUUGUUUGAUCUUAACCAUCAAUUGCUCGGACAAAACUCUUCUACUUCCUCCAUGAGAAGAAAUGGGCACGAGUCGGGCUUGACAGACCAUCCCAACCAGCCCAUGGUUUUCACUCAAUCUUUAAAUUCCCAUGAACAGAACUCACCCAUCUCCAUUUUGCAAGGAUCCCAAUCUUCCCAACAUGGAAAACAUCCUCAUCAGUCUCUAGUGGACAAGUUGCUUCAGGAGAUGGCAGCUGCCAACAGGGAAAAGAGCAUGCAAGAACCAUAUGGAAAGCUGCAUAACGCCCACCAAUCCAACCCAAAACGAGCAAGCAAUGAGAUGCGUUAUGCUGAGAGCUCAAAGGCUGCUUUUGCACAGGUGAUUUUGCCUGAUGCCUCUAGAGCUGCAGCUAAUUUCUCCCAGACUGCCUCUCACGGUCGCAUAUCCUCCGUCGGUCAAAAUGCUGCUGUCAAAGCAGAACCAUGCUCACCAGAGCAGCUCCAAGAAGCUUUCCAAGGUUCAGCCACAAGCCUGUCUAAAAUUGAGGAUUUGAUGUGGUGAUUUUGCAGGUGUUUGUUAGGAGGAAACAUGCUUUUGGUAUAGGAACAACGGUGAAAAUUGAGUCUGUUUAGCCUUUUGGUGAGCUAUUCAAGAAAUGGACUGUUUAGCCUUUUUGUCGAGCCAUUCAAGAAAUGGGACAAUGCUCAAAGUAUCUGUGAUAUUUAGAAUGAUGAAUGUAGGGUUCUAUGUUGUUGCAAGAACAAUGCUCUAUACAAAUAUAACAUGGGAUGGAUAUAAUUUGGAAUGUACGAGAAACAUUAACCUUUUCAACUUAUCAUUCUUGAAAAUCAAGAACAUUAGCGACCUUCAAACUUGUCCUUGAAUCUGGCACUUAUAGCAAAGUUACUGUAACGAGUACGAGAAACAUUAACCUUUUCAACUUAUCAUUCUUGAAAAUCAAGAACAUCUGCGACCUUCAAACUUGUCAAAUGAUACUAUCUGUUACACUUCUUGACUCAUUUAAACUACAAUUUUCUGGGCAUUUAUGUAACAAAAUUCUAAUUCCCAAUGUCUCUGCUCUACAAUAGAUGGGGAGAGAGAGGGGGGGAGGGGGGAGAGGAUUUUUAUGUAUAUACAUGCCUUCUCGAGACACAACUCAAGCCUCAACCAACCCAUUACUGCUCAUUUUUCUACUACAUGCCUACUGCUACUAGUCUGCCGAGGACACCUUCCUAUGUAGAGUUU